GCGUUGACAACGAGACGAUAUUUACUUGAUGCAGGGAGUCACACGCGCACAUAACGUCCCUGCAAAAGCGUUGGCGUAGCUUCAGACGCUGCGCUUUAUCACAAACAUGCUGGCAACUAUCCCUUCUAGACGUAUGACAGCUACACUAUUCAACAGGUAAAACGGCUUUACUAUGAAGACAAGUACGAUCGCGCCUCAGCAAACCGAAUCAAUUUCCGAGAAACCUAUUAAUAAUAUUUAUUUAUGGAUAACAAUAGGAUGUUCGGUUGGUGGGGCUCUCAUCUUAGCUCUGUUAAUAUCAUUCUGGUACUAUCUGAGAAAAAGACCAAAGAUAGAGAAGCCAGUUUCUCCUGUUCCAGAAUUAAAUUCCAGUUCAGAAAUGUAUCAGACUAAACUCUCCGUGCAAAACUCUCCACCCACAUUUAGCUCCUCCGGUUCGGAAGAUGUUACUGAUCCUCUCUUCUUAUAUCGUCCACCUUCUAGUAGAAGAUCAACGCUAGUUCAGUCGGCAUCGUUAGAUUUACCUUCUCAUCCUAGAUUGACUUCUGAGUGUGUUCAACCCCGACCUGUACUCUCCAGAUGGCACACGAUAGGUUCACCUACCUAUUUGGGUACCGUUCAACCGGAUUUAUACAGAGUUUCUGAUGAAGAAGAUACAAAUAUUCCCCCCUGCAUUCAUGGAAGGAUUUGGUUUACUCUACUGUAUAAAGAAGAUGAGGAGCAAUUAGAAGUCAACAUCAUUCGAGCUAAAUAUUUAACAGGUAGGGGGUUAAAUAAUACUCCACGUGAUCCUUUCGUAAAACUUUACCUAUUACCAGACGAAGAAAAUUUCCAGCAGUCCAAAGUGAGGAAACGAACUUUAGCGCCGAAAUUUCACGAAAUAUUUACAUUUCAGGUGAAAAAAGAUGAAUUAACCAAAAGAACAUUGAGAAUUUCCGUGUACGAUGUGGAUAAACGUAGAGUACGUCACUGCCUCGGCCACGUGAUUGUAACUUUGUCACGUGUCGACUUGACAACUAACGACGUCUUGUGGAGAGAUUUAGAAUCUGCAUCGCAACCUUCUUCUUUAGGUGAAAUACAAGUUUCGUUGUCUUGUAACCCAUUUAAUAGCAGAAUAAAAAUUACAGUAUGCCGAUUGAAAAAUAUUCGGGGAAUUGAUACUAGCGAAGCAGGAAUCUACGCUAAAGUUCAACUUCAUCACGGGAGGAAAAUACUAAAAAGUAAGAAAACGGCACUAAAACACCUAAACUUACCGGGAGGAGAAGUGAUUUUUGAUGAAACAUUCACAUUCGCAAUCACAGCAAAGUACUUCGAUUCAUGUCAUUUAACUAUAACAGUUGUUAUAGCCGGACCAACACCUCUAGUUAAAGAUGAUCCUCAAGGAAAAGUCGUACUAGGUCCCUUCUUAUACGCACGAGGAGAACAGUUAUUACAAUGGCAGGAAAUGAUUGCAAAUCCUCGAAAUACUGUAACAAAGUGGCAUAAUUUAGAGCCAAUCACGUAAGAAAAAAAAAACAAAUUAAAUAGAAAUGUUUAGUACAGUAUAUUAAAAAAAAAAAA